UGAUCCAAGGUUGAUGGCUAUAAAUUUCCAAGAUGUCAAACCAGUUUUCUGCACAAGAUUAACCGAUCCCCUAACUCCAAAGUCCCCAUCAUGGAUUUUCCUUCUGAUUACAUCCACUCCAUUUCUGUUUUCUUGACUUUGCUUAUGAUCUAUGCUCUCUCAAAAACCUUCUUGUUUAAGCAGAGUAAUAAGAGCAGUGCUGCUCGCAAAAUCCCUGAACCAUCUAGACCAUGGCCCUUGAUUGGUCACCUCCAUCUUCUAGGCCGCCAUGACCCAAUUUGCAGACAGAUGGGUUCCAUGGCCGACAUGCUAGGCCCUAUUUUCUGGCUAAAACUAGGACGCCACCGCCUGCUUGUGGUAAGCAGCCCAGAACUCGUUAAGAACUGCUUCACAACCAAUGACAAAAUUCUAGCCACCAGGCCGAGCAUAGCAGCCGGGAGGUACAUGGGCUACAACAACGCUAUUCUGGCGCUCGCACCGCAAGGCAAAUACUGGCGUGACAUCCGCAAGCUGGUCACCGUCGAGCUCCUCUCCACCGACCGACUCGAGCUCCUCAAGCACAUUCGCUUCUUAGAAGUGGACACGUUCAUCAAAGAGCUGUAUAAGCAGAGUGCGGCAGUUGACCUCAGCAAGUCCUUCGAGGGGUUGACCUUCAACAUGAUACUUAGAAUGGUUAUGGGCAAGCGUUACUCGAGCGAUGACUAUGGGGAAGGGAAUAGUGAAGUGUCGCGGUACAAGUCGGCUAUCAAGAAAGCGGAGUAUUUAAGCGGGGUGUUCGUGGAGGCAGAUGCAAUUCCAUGGCUGGAGUGGCUGGAUAUUCAGGGACAUGUGAGGUCAAUGAAGGAGACUGCUAAGGAACUGGAUAGUGUCAUCUCGGGCUGGCUAGAUGAGCAUCUGCAGAAAAGACGGCAGGCCACGGCGGAGCUUCAGGACAGUGAUUUCAUGGAUGCCAUGCUCUCCACCUUACCAGAAGAUGCUGUCAUCUCCGGCUAUACUCGCCAUAUCAUUGUCAAGGCGACUGCUCUGAUUCUUACGCUAACAGGAUCAGAAAGCAUAUCAAUUACUCUGACAUGGGCACUCUCCUUGCUCAUAAACAAUCCAACCGUGGUAAAGGUUGCACAAGAUGAGCUGGACAGGGAAAUAGGAAAGGAAAAAUGGGUUGAAGAAUCAGACAUGAACAAGUUAAACUAUCUGCAAGCCAUCGUCAAAGAAACUCUGCGGUUGUACCCGCCGGGACCCAUAACAGGCCUCCGGGAGGCCAUGGAAGAUUGUGACAUCGGCGGGUAUUUGGUGCCGAAGGGAACUCGGGUCAUCGUCAACAUAUGGAAGUUGCAGAGGGACCCUCGCGUGUGGAAAAACCCAUGUGAGUUUCGACCCGAGAGAUUCAUGGCAGAUAAUAAUGGCGAUCAUCAGAACAAGUUUGAAUUCAUUCCUUUCAGCUCUGGUCGGAGAGGGUGUCCCGGUGCUACUUAUGGUUUGCAGGUUGUGCAGUUGACGGUUGCUCGAUUGCUUCAGGGAUUCCAUGUGAGAGCAGCCGUGGGAAGUAGUGUGGAUAUGCGAGAGGGAUUAGGAAUUUCGAUGCCUAAGGUCAACCCACUACAUGUUUGUCUCACGCCACGCCUUCAUCACCGCCUCUAUCACUAAAUAAUUAGUGUCAUCUCGCUCUGUUAUCACUAAUUACAAGUUAUGCCAUGAGACGUACUUAAUCACUUUAUUAUAUGUACUAAGAAAGUUAUAUUAAUAAAUCAAGGAUAAACUUUUUAAUUA